CUCUCCUGCUGAAUGUUUCUAACCUCACUAAAUUGUUAAGAUCAAAACUUUAUUUUUUAAUGUUGUUCACACACAAGAAUAAACUUAAUAUAUGAUUUAAUUGUGUCUUGUCGCAUUAAGUAAUACACUGUUAUUAGAUGCAUCCACAUUAACUAACAAUAACUAACAAUUAAAAUGACUACGUUAAAAAGUGAAGUGGAACUAAACAACUUUUAUAUUUUCAACUCUGAUCAUGGUACUGUUGAAGGAGAGGAACACAAAAAGUUAUUAUACUACUAUCCAAACACAGAUCAUUUGGAUGUGCAAAUGAAGACACUGGGUUUGUCAGAAGCAAUGAUUCAGUUUACAAUGUCUUUUAAACCAGAUGGACCUAUUGAUGCAAUAGGUACUGAAAAGCGAAGGCAAAUUUACUUCCAGCCUGAAGAUAAAUACUGGAUGAUCAUGACAUUAAAUGUGCCAACAAUUAAAAAGAGCAAAGAUGGAGUGGACAUCACUGAAUAUUUAUCUGAUGAUGUCCAGAAUAAUGUCUAUCAGAAUGUUCUCAAGCAGGCUUAUUACAUGUAUAGAUUAUUUAAUGGAACAUUUGAGAGGACAUUAGCAUCAUCAGAUGUUUACACUCUAAAAACCAAGCUGGAGCAAUUUUUCACAGCUUACUUGACAACAAUCAGAUUACAACAUUGUGAUCUGUUAAAUGUAUUCAACGGUAUGCAGUUUCUUCCAUUGAAUCGUCAGACAUUCCUAAAUGUACAAUGCUUUAUUAAUUCACUGGAAUGCAAGCAUCCCAUAAUUAAACAUUCGGCGUUCAUGUACAAUGAGCAUUUAGUAUGGAGCGGAAUUGAACCUGCUGAUAUGCAGGUUGUUUAUCAGUAUUUGAUCACAACACUUUUACCUGCACACGUGUCUUCUGAAUUGUUGUGUGGAUCCAUGCCGCGUAACGCAGCGUCGCCAUUUGCAGCAUCUGCGUUACAUCAUGGACGAUUUAUUACAGGUCCAGAGAAUUUAAAAACUUCGAAGAAUAUCGGCAAAGUACCUACUGUUAUCUAUACACAAGAUAAAAAGGAACCAGAUGAAUAUUUUCUUGUGGUUUAUAGAGCUUUAAGUGCUUCUUUGUGUCUAUUUAUUAGUGCUACUGAAGAAUUAACUCUGGAAUUAUUCCAAGAGUUGGAUGAGUUUAUCGGUCCUAAUUUAACUGAAGUAGUGUCGGAAAUCGCCGAAUAUUGCACAAAACAAACACCGACGCAAGCAAACAUCGCGUCUGAAACAACACCGCGUUUUAUUUAUUUCAACAAGUUGAACUUGGCGUACAAAAGUACCGUGCAUUUGGAUAAUAAACAAAAUGGAAACUUAUCCAUUACCAAAGACUGCUGUAAAAUCAUGGCGGAUUUGAAUGAACACAAAGAUGCUAUGGGUUAUGCAGGUGAAAUCAUCGUUAAAACGAUGAAGGAUUAUUGGGUUGUUGCGAAAGUUAGCAACCUGCGUGAGUUUUACGUCGGAUUGCAGCAAAAACAAGCAAAUUUAAUUGAUAUUAGUGAUGAAGUGGAAAAACUGUGUGAGAAUGAAUUGAAGGGUAUAUUUUUCCACACGGUGUGAUAGUCAAACAAAAGUUUUAUUGUAAAAUAAAUUAACGUUUUAAGUACCUAUAAAA